AUGUUAGGUGAACGUAUUGUUUUUAAUGGAUUGAAUUCAGAAGUAAUGUUUUCGUCAGAAACAGUUCCAUUACCGGAACUUGCACCUGGAGAAAUACUUGUUAAAGUUCGUUUGGCAUCGAUUUGUGUAAGUGAUGUACAUACAGUUAAAGGUCAACGUAUAGAACCAACACCUAGUGUUCUUGGUCAUGAAGCUGUUGUUGAAGUUAUAGAGCAUCGUCGACCUGAAAGUGAUUUAAUGAAAGGCGAUCGUUUAACAUUUUCCAUUGCUGAUUCUUGUGAUAAAUGUGAAUUUUGUUUAAAAGGACUUCAACAAAAAUGUACUAAAUUAUUUAAAUAUGGUCAUGCAAAAUUAAGUGAUGGUUCAGGCUUUAAUGGUUCUUAUGCUUCACAUAUUAUAAUUCGUAGUGGUACUCAUGUUGUAAAAAUACCUGAUAUUAUAUCUGAUCGAUGUGCAGCACCAAUUAAUUGUUCAUUAGGUACAACAAUGUGUGCUAUGGAAUUUGUACCAAAGAUUAAAAAUGGACGAGCUUUUGUUCAGGGUGAUGGAAUUCUUGGUUUAUAUACUUCAGUAGCUCUUCGCGAACUUGGAUAUGACACAGUCUAUUGCUCAGGUAGACAUAGUCAACGGUCAGAAUUAAUAACUCGUUUUGGUGCAAUACCAAUUUAUAAUGAUGAAAUACUCAUUGAAGAGGCAAAUAAAAUUGAUGUUGUUGUUGAAGUUUGUGGAGUAUCAAAUGUUAUUAAUGAUGGUAUCAAAUUAUUGAAGCCAGGUGGAUUAUAUCUUUUUCUUGGUAUGGUUCAUCCACAUUCAGAGCUACAUAUAACUGGUGAACAGAUUAUUCGUAAAUGUCUUACGAUAAAAGGUAUUCAUAAUUAUGCUCCACGUCAUCUUGAUCAAGCUGUUGAUUUUCUUAUAAAAACAAUUGAAAAAUAUCCGUAUGAACAAAUCAUGGGACCUACAUAUGAUUUAUCAGACUUACCAAAUGCUAUGAAAGUUGCAAUAGAAAAAACUUAUGCUAGAAUUCUAGUUCAACCAUAA